AUGACCUCCCACUACAAUCAGGCGGAUAAAAAUCUGUACCAUGCCAUCCACUCGGACCUGGUGGGGGAACUGCUCCAUCCGCCGCGGGCACCGGCCACGCCCGAACCCGUCAAACGGUUCCGGCGCUCGCACUACGCCGACCCAGGCAUCCGCACAUUCCACUGGGGCGUCGCCAACGACCCCAACGACAAGCCGAACCAGAUUCACGGCACCAAGUUCGGCACCCGGUCGCUGCUGACGUACGACUCUUCGGUGCGCCACCCGGUCGGCUCCGUGCCUCUGCGGCAGCCGGCCAUCCCACCGCACCUCACCGCCGCCGGCGCCGCCACGUUCGGCGUACCCACCAAGUAUGGUGACACGGUGGCCCAGUGUGUCAGCCCGUUCCGAACGGCAGCGGAGUUCCAGGCCCACUGGUGCAAGGGCACCGACCUCUACCGGCGAUCGCACAUGCACCUGAUGCCCGGCGAGCAGAGACAGCGCCACUAUGGCCCGACGUUCAACGGCUCGGCCAAGUUCGGGGUUCCGACGCCACACGACCCGUCCGGCCGCAAGGUCAAGGAGUGCGUGACCUGGCCGGGUCCGUGCCAGCCACUGCCGGCCCUGGUCAGCUUGCGGGCCGAGAACUGGCGCGAGCUCAACCAGAACCGCAUUGGGGAGCCACUCGAUAAGUUCCAGUGCACGCGAGACCUGCCGUCCGGCUUCACUCACGGCACCCCGAUGCGGCACACGCUCUGCAACGCGCUGGACAUGGCGACGGCCGCCGGCUUCACCAGCUUCAUCGGCCUCAUGAAGACCAUGAAGAACAUGGACAAGCUGGGCACCAAACACCUACCGCUGGAGUCCGUGUUGGCCGCCUGCUGUGAGAUGUGUGUGCCACUCUCCACCGCCGAGCUGCGCCACCUGGUGGAGCGGCUCAACCUGGCACAGGGGCCGCGCCAGCUGGUCAUUUACGCCUUGUUCGUGGCCACGCUCAACUGGAAGGACCGCCUCACCCUCGGACAUCUGGAGUGUGAGUACUAG